AUGGUCCUAUUGUCGACAUUUGCGUCUUCCACCCUUCUCUCGGAUGGCAUCCAGGGUCCGACAAAUCGGUCGGCGCAUGUUUACACGGCCCAUGUCCAUGGUCCUCCGUCCCUCCCCAGUUCCCCGUUUCUUCCUUCGAGAAGCGAAUUCCAUCGACUCGGCCUCUUGUCAAUUCAAACUGAUAAGGCCACCCGAGUACCGUCCAAUGUUUCUUUCCGCGGCUUCCCGCCUUCCCUGCACCACCCAAGUCCAAUAGUACUACACAUUAUUACUUCCAACGACGCCCUGACCUUUCCCUACCUGUCUGUGCCUGGACACCCGGGUCAUCCUGAUCCAACAGCGUUAUUUCGAAGUCGCUUACGAAACAACAACAAGACACAUGAGAUAACCCUGGCGCCAAGACCGGAAAACGAGAGGGAAUCGUCAACAACUUGGAACUGCAGAAACUAG